GUUACUGCUCUGCAUCUUCCUUGAAUGAAAUUUCAGAUCUACUCCUUCCUUCCUUACACUGCUCUCACCACACUCCGCCAACCCACCCCACCCACCAUUCCCGUUCUCUUCCAGAUGCAGAGAGGAAGUGAGAGGCAUUAAAGCUCCGACCUUCUGAAUUCCCCCUCGAUCGAUCGGAUCCGCUUCCUCAGUCGGCGAACCCCUGCUCCUCCAUUUCCGAUUUCCCCGAUUGAAGCUGAUAGCUUCCUGCUGAGAUCGCCGCCGUCAAGAUGCAGAAGCAGAUGGAGAAGUCCUGCACCCUGCUCGUCCACUUCGACAAGGGCGCCCCGUCCUUGGCCAACGAGAUCAAGGAAGCCCUAGAGGGCAACGACGUCGCCCUCAAGGUCGACGCCCUCAAGCAGGCGAUCAUGCUCCUCCUCAACGGGGAGACUAUCCCCCAGCUCUUCAUCACCAUCAUCCGCUACGUCCUCCCCAGCGAGGACCACACGAUCCAGAAGCUCCUCCUGCUCUACCUGGAGAUCAUCGACAAGACCGACUCCCGUGGCAAGGUCCUUCCCGAGAUGAUCCUUAUCUGCCAGAAUUUGAGGAACAAUCUCCAGCACCCCAACGAGUACAUCCGCGGCGUAACCCUCAGGUUCCUCUGCCGGCUCAAUGAGACUGAGAUCAUUGAGCCCCUGAUCCCGUCGAUAGUCUCCAAUCUGGAGCACCGGCACCCCUUCGUCCGCCGCAAUGCGGUCCUCGCUGUCAUGUCGAUCUACAGGCUCCCCGAGGGGCAGCAUUUGCUGGAACAGGCCCCAGAGAUCAUCGAGAAGGUUCUCACCACGGAGCAGGACCACUCGUGUAAGCGGAAUGCUUUCCUUAUGCUGUUUAAUUGCGCCCAGGAUCGGGCCUUGAGCUAUCUCUUCACUCACAUUGAUAGAAUCAAUGACUGGGGUGAGCAGUUGCAGAUGGUGGUUUUGGAAUUGAUUAGGAAGGUGUGUAGAUCUAAUAAGGGUGAGAAGGGGAAGUAUAUUAAGAUUAUCAUCUCGUUGCUGAAUGCCCCUUCGAGUGCUGUCAUCUAUGAAUGUGCUGGGACUCUUGUGUCUCUGUCCUCCGCCCCAACUGCAAUCAGGGCAGCAGCUAGCACUUAUUGCCAGCUUUUACUGUCUCAGAGCGAUAACAAUGUGAAGCUCAUUGUUCUUGAUAGGCUGAACGAGCUUAAGAGCUCGCAUAGAGAAAUUUUAGUGGAGAUGGUGAUGGAUGUUCUUAGAGCACUUUCGAGUCCCAAUCUCGAUAUUAGGAGGAAAACGCUCGAUAUAGCACUCGAGUUGAUAACUCCUAGAAAUGUGGAUGAAGUUGUUUUGAUGUUGAAGAAGGAAGUAGUGAAGACUCAGAGUGGGGAGCUUGAGAAGAAUGGGGAGUACAGGCAGAUGCUAGUUCAAGCUAUCCAUACCUGUGCGAUUAAGUUCCCUGAAGUGGCCAGCACCGUGGUGCAUCUCUUGAUGGAUUUCCUGGGAGACACCAAUGUGGCUUCCGCUAUAGAUGUGGUUGUUUUUGUUCGGGAGAUCAUCGAAACAAACCCGAAAUUGCGGGUUUCGAUCAUAACAAGGCUCCUGGACACCUUUUACCAGAUCCGUGCUGCAAGAGUGUGUUCUUGUGCUCUUUGGAUUAUUGGUGAGUAUUGUCUCUCACUCUCGGAAGUUGAGAGCGGGAUCUCCACUAUCAAACAGUGCCUUGGAGACCUGCCGUUUUACACCGCGGCAACAGAAGAAGGUGAAACACAAGAUGCUCCAAAGACUUCUCAGCCUGUGAAUGUAGCUGCAGCAUCUUCUAGAAGGCCUGCAGUUCUUGCUGAUGGGACUUAUGCCACACAAAGUGCGGCUCUGGAAACUGCCAUGUCUCCUCCGACUCUUGUUCAGGGCUCAAUGUCUUCAGUAGGAAACUUGAGAUCACUUCUGCUUUCAGGCGAUUUUUUCCUCGGGGCAGUCGUGGCCUGUACCCUGACAAAGCUUGUUUUGAGAUUGGAAGAAGUUCAACCACUGAAAGUUGAGGUAAACAAGGCAACUACACAGGCCUUGUUAAUCAUGGUCUCUAUGCUGCAGCUCGGGCAGUCUUCGGUUCUUCCUCACCCAAUUGAUAAUGACUCCCAAGACAGAAUCAUCCUCUGCAUAAGACUGUUAUGCAAUACUGGGGAUGAGAUGAGGAAAAUAUGGCUGCAGUCUUGCAGAGAGAGUUUUGUAAAAAUGCUGGCAGAAAAGCAGCUCCGCGAGACAGAGGAAAUCAAAGCAAAAGCGCAGAUAUGUCAUGCUCAGCCAGAUGAUCUCAUCGACUUCUAUCACCUGAAGAGCAGGAAGGGAAUGAGUCAGCUUGAAUUGGAAGAUGAGGUUCAGGAUGAUCUCAAACGUGCCACAGGGGAGUUCACAAAUGAUGGUGAUGAUGCAAAUAGACUCAAUCGCAUACUUCAGCUUACUGGAUUUAGUGACCCAGUUUAUGCUGAAGCAUAUGUGACAGUCCAUCACUAUGAUAUUGUGCUGGAUGUCACUGUGAUUAACCGAACCAAGGACACACUUCAGAAUUUAUGCUUGGAGCUGGCAACAAUGGGCGAUCUCAAACUUGUGGAGCGGCCCCAGAAUUAUACUCUUGCACCUCAGUCGAGCAAGCAGAUCAAGGCGAAUAUCAAGGUCUCUUCAACCGAAACAGGAGUCAUAUUUGGGAACAUUGUGUAUGAAACGUCUUCUAACGUGCUGGAGAGGACAGUAGUUGUUCUUAAUGACAUUCAUAUUGAUAUAAUGGACUACAUUUCUCCAGCAACCUGUGCCGAUGUUGCCUUCAGGACUAUGUGGGCAGAGUUUGAGUGGGAGAACAAGGUUGCUGUUAAUACCGUGAUCCAGGAUGAGAAGGAAUUUUUGAACCAUAUUAUCAAGUCGACUAACAUGAAGUGCCUGACCCCACCAUCGGCACUGGAAGGGGAAUGUGGGUUCCUCGCUGCUAACCUGUAUGCAAAGAGUGUGUUUGGCGAGGAUGCACUGGUGAAUGUGAGCAUUGAGAAACAGUCAGAUGAGAAGCUCAGCGGAUUCAUCAGGAUACGGAGUAAAACUCAAGGCAUUGCUCUCAGCCUUGGGGAUAAGAUCACUCUCAAGCAGAAGGGAGGAGCAUGAUGUAUGGAAAUUCCACCUCAUUUACAACGCUCGGCCUUCUUGUUUUCUUCACUUCCAUUGCGCGAUUCGUCUAGCUUUCUGUAGUUUUCAGUUUCUCCUGAUUAUAAUUGUUCUGUUAAGUAAAAGAGAACUCCAAAUUUUGUUAAAGAAAAUUUCUUGUUUGUCGGAUAUUAGUACAUCUGUAUCGUGCUCGUCACUGCACAUGGAGAGGGAUGAAUACGACAUAUUGGUGCGUCAUGUAAGUGAUAGUGCUAUUCUUGAACUUGUUUGUUCUACAGAAGACUUGCUGCUCAUUAAAUUGUUAGUGCCUUAUUUCGGUUUUUAUUUC